GUGAACCAUCAAGCUGAAGCAUCCACAUCAGCAGCAACAUGUUUCAGGUGAACAUCUGGAUCUGUGCUGGCCUCCUGCUGUCCCUCCCUCACUGUACGUUUCAGUCGUGCACAGAAGGGACACCGAAACAGUGCGCCGAUGCAGAAUUUGCUCCGGGCAUCAAUUUGGCCGGGGAAGGCUUCGACAUCACCAAAAUGGAACGUAAAGGGGCCUUCGUGCUCAACAUGAAUGUGUGGAAACGCAAAGAUAAAACAUGCAUGCUGUGUACCAACCCUUAUCUUGAGAACAUAAAGCAAAAGCUACCCCUGACAGUGGUGGACUGGAGGGCAAAGCAGUCCUGCAGCGCAAAAGUUUCCACUAAACUUCACAAAUCCAGCGAGUCGCUUGUCAGUUCCAGCGUUUCCUCCGUUGAAAACAACUGGAAGACCGAUCUAGAAGUUGAAGUAAAUGACAAAAGUGGCUCUGUUAUGCUGGCUGGUACCAAUUCUAAACUGGCAGAGUACUCCAUGGAGAAAACAAAGAGCGACAAAUUCAGCUUCACUAGCCAGAGCGUGUCGUGUGAGUACUACAGCUACCGAGUGUCAAAUACUCCAAAGCUGCACACAGAAUUUCGGAAAGCAGUGAAAGAUCUUCCCAAAUAUUACGCCCCAGAAUUCAAACAACGAUUUUACAAACUGAUUGACAACUUUGGUACCCAUUACAUCACAAAGGUAAAGCUCGGAGGAAGUAUUGACUCCGUGACCAGCAUCAAGCAGUGUCAGGCCAGCCUGCAGGGACUCAGCUUGGAGGAGGUGGAGCUGUGUCUGGAAGCUGAGGCGUCUGCGAGCAUUAAAGCCACAAUAAAAGCCGAAACAAAACACUGCCAGAAAGAUUCAGACAAGUUGGAAAAUAAGAACUCUUUCUCCGACCUCUUCAACGACAGGUUUACAGAUAUAAAAGGUGGGCAUACCACAGAGACAGACCUUCUCUUCUCCGCGGACAAAAAUCCAGCUGCCUACAAGGAAUGGCUGGAAACCCUACCAAAAAAUCCAGAUAUCAUUUCAUACUCCUUAAAUUCCCUUCAUGAGUUGCUUCCUACCACAGCCAAAGCCCGGAAAAACCUGCGCUCUGCCAUUAGCCAUUACAUCCUGGAGAAAGGCCUGUGGAGAAACUGCAGCGCUCGCUGUCAGGCUGGGAUUAAGAGUGACUCGAGGGAUUCCUGCGUCUGCCAGUGCCACAAUGACCCCGCCGUGAACCAAGACUGCUGCCCAGCUCGUAAAGGCAUGGCACGGGUCAUCAUAACAGUACAGCGGGCCACUGAUCUGUGGGGGGACCACACCACAGCUACGGAUGGCUAUGUGAAGGUGCACUUUGCUGGAACAGUGGCUCAGCGUACUCCUGUCAUUUAUAACAACAACAACCCACACUGGGCCGCGGUCAUCGACCUGGGCACGCAGGAUGUCUCAUCAAUUACCAAAUUCAGAUUUGAAGUCUGGGAUGAGGACAGCAAGUGGGACGAUGACCUGUUGGGAGAAUGUGAGCCACUUCUGACUUCUGGAGUUACAACCGAUCUCUGUCCUCUGCAGCACGGCCAGUUGUUCUACAAAGUGGAAGUGCAAUGUGCUCCGAGUCUGACUGGAAAGUCAUGCACGGAAUAUAAACCCACUCCUAUUAAUCCAAGUCUGAAAAAGCUGUAUGUGUCCCGCAACGCUCAUCCUAUUCCACCGGCCAUCCUGUCAAAAAUGGGCGUGUUUGUGGACAAAUCAAGCUCAUGGAAAAACCAGAGUUUUGCUCGCAAGAGCUUCAAGUAUGGCAUAAAAUAACACGCACUUACGAAUUUGGACCGAAAACAGAUCUCAGGAUUCACUUGAAAACCUAACCAGAAGAGACUCGGCUUCGACGUGAAAGAUUCGUUCUUUGCUUUCAUCUUGCAAUUUCUAGACUAUACCUUAUCCGUCACUAAUAUUUCUCCAUAUAGGAUCAUUUGUGCAAUGUUUUAAUGUUCUAGAUGUUAGAAAACUGGAUUAAUAUAUUCAAAUAUAUUUAAUAAAUAUUUUGAUGUUUAUGGAUGUAUGCAUUUGUAUUCCCUAAAGCCAGUUAGAUAUGAAGACAUUAUGU